CGGUGUAUACGUCUGUUUGUUUGUCGUUUGCCCCGUCUUUCGUUCCGGACAUGAUGCAAAAGUUCCAGAUGUGAAUUCACUGUGGCUCGCGGUUUUCAUAUAAAAGCAAUGGCGCUGUGGUAAUAGAAUUUAAUUAAGUUUUCCAUUUCACUCCAUCCAGUAAUCGUGCUUCGCGUGGAUCCCGGGGCGAGUCCGCAACAAACUAUCUUCUACGUCUGCGGAACAAACUAGCAGCGACGCGCAAAACUCCAACGGGAAAGAAUUUCAAUAAAAACUUUUCGGUGUCGGUACUGUCCUGUCCUGUAGGCCCGGAAAUGUCUGCUAAACUAUUCAUGCUUGCGGCGGCGGCAGUCGUCCUGCUAUCUGGCUUGACACUUUCCGAGGCUCAAACUCCAGCGCCAGCAGCGGGCCCAACAUUCGAGGAUUUGGUGCAGGAGCGGGAAGCUAAAACGUUGCACGUUCUAAAUCUGAUGGUCGCGGGUUCGAGCGCGCCACAAGAGUUGAAGGAUGCCGUGCUGGCCAACGCCCAGCAGGAGCUGGCCAACUGCGUCCAGCAGGCAUCCGUUCAUGCGAGCCCUGGUGUAUUCUACUCGUGUACUGGAUUGGUGCUUAAGAACGCAGGUACGGCACUGGGCGCUGCUGCUUCUUCCGGCGCUGCCGGAUCGGGUCUCUGAUAGUGGAUUGUGGACAAGAUGAAUUGUGAUGUUUUUUUUUCUGAUA